AAAUACUUAUUUAUCUAUAUAAACAAACUAUAUCAACACUACUCUCCCAUAACUAGGACGCUCCAAGCACUAUAUCAAAAUGGAAGAAUCAACUAGGUGGAUGAUACACACUUCACUUUUUCUCUUCACAUUUAUCUUCCUUCUCAAAAUCACACUAAAGAAAUUAUCCAAGCACAAAAACCUCCCUCCUUCUCCACCUUCUUUACCAUUUAUAGGUCAUCUUCAUCUCAUCAAAGAACCCUUACACCGUAGCCUCCACAAGCUUGCACAAAUCUAUGGCCAUAUCUUCUUUCUCCGUGUAGGGACACGCAACAUGCUUGUUGUUUCUUCACCUUCUGCUGUAGAAGAAUGUUUGUCAAAAAAUGAUAUUACAUUUGCAAACCGUACUUCCCAUACACUUGCCGGAAAAUAUCUCAAUUACAAUAAUACGGCGUUAGGGUUUUCUCCCUACGGUGAACUUCAUCGCAAAUUGCGUCGUUUAACAACAACAGAACUUUUCUCCACCAAUCGUCUUGCGAUGUUCACAAAAGUUCGAGAAGAAGAGGUGCAAUUAUUAGUUAAGCAAAUAUUUGAAGGGUGCAAAGGAGAAUUGUUGUCUAAGGUUGACCUUAAAAGAAAAUGUUUAGAACUUUCUUUCAAUAUUAUGUUGAGAGUGAUUUCAGGGAAACGAUACUAUGGUGAGGAUGCAGUUGCCUUAGAAGCAAAGGAGUUUCAGAUUUUAAUGAAUGAGUAUGUAGAGCUUCUUGGAAAUGGAAAUUUGAAUGAUUGUUUUCCAAUAUUAAAAUGGAUUGAUUUUCAAGGGAAGAAAGAGAAAAUGAUAAACUUGAUGAAAAAGAUGGAUGCCUUCCUUCAGAAGCUACUUGAUGAGAAACGAAGAAAUUGGUGCAAUGACCAAAAAAAUAUGACGUUGAUUGAUGUUAUGUUAGACUUGCAACAAAAGGAGCCAGAAUUCUACACGCAUGAAAUAGUGAAAGGCGUUGUUUUGGUAAUACUUGUAGCUGGCUCUGAGCCAUCGGCUACAACCAUGGAAUGGGCACUCUCACUUCUCCUCAACCAUCCAGAAACAAUGAAUAAGGUAAGGGCUGAAAUAGACACUUGUGUGGGACAAGAUAAACUUGUGAAUGAAUCAGAUGCUUCAAAACUAAAAUACUUGCAAAUGGUACUUAUGGAGACACUUCGUUUAUACCCUCCAGCUCCACUAAUGUUACCACACGAAUCCUCCAAUGAUUGCAAUGUUUGUGGUUUUGAUAUACCAAAAGGGACAAUGCUUCUUGUGAAUCUUUGGGCCCUACAUAGAGACCCUAACUUAUGGAAAGAUCCAACAAGGUUUGUGCCAGAGAGAUUUGAAGAAGGGGAAUUAGGUGGUGGUGAAAUUUAUAAUAUGAUUCCAUUUGGUGUUGGAAGGAGAUCUUGUCCUGGAGCUGCUUUAGCAAAACGUUUUAUUGGACAUGCAAUAGGAUCUUUGAUUCAAUGCUUUGAGUGGGAGAGAAUUGGAGAUGAAGAAAUUGACAUGAAUGAGGGAAUAGGGCUUACAAUGCCUAAAGUUGAACCUUUGGUUGCCUUAUGCAAGCCACGCCAAGUUAUGGUAGAAGUUAUCUCAAAUAUAUAACUUAUGUAUUAUACAUUUGUGUUGUAUGUAACUAAAUAAAUAAAAGUAUGUGUUGAAAACUAAAUAAAAGUAUUGUAAAAUAAA